AUGGAACUGCCCUCCGGCUACGCCUGUCCGCGAAAGCGCCGGUGCUUUACAAUCAGGACCUAUAGAGCUCAAGAGAAAUACACAAGCAAGAGCGACCACCAUAUUUAUCAACAAUCGAGCGCAGUCGAGGAGGAGGAGCAUGUAUUCCCCGAGACCGGGAACCAGGUCGCCUACGAAGGCUUUGACCAUAACAGCGAUUGGCAAUUCGGGUCAAUCGCCGGGCACAUGUGCGGCCAGCAAAUUACAAUUUCACUCAACGGUAAGACUGCCCAAGCAACGAUUGUGGACGAGUGCCCCGGCUGCGCACAGAACGGCCUCGACUGCACACCCGCGACUGCAAACUUCUUCGGUUUCUUCGACGACCUCGCGUGGGGUAGCUGGAGCGUCGGUGGCAACCCUGUGUCCAUGCCCCCACCACCUACGGCGUUUAAGGCGCUAUUCACGACAUCUACACCGCCCCCUCCGACGACAUCCAGCAUAGUGCCCACGGUCUCCAGCUCUUCGUCUUCGAGCGUCUGGUCGUCCUUGUCUUCCUUGUCCUCGAGCGCCGCUAGCUCAAGCUUCAUCACGAGCAGCAUUGCCACGUCAAGUACUGCUGUUGGCGCGUCGUCGGCCGCGGCGCCCACUCCGACCUCGAACAUCGCAACGCUGUACGCGAACGUCGUGAACAUGGCGCUCCUCGUACUUGCCGAUGAGAACGCGCAGUGAUUUGCUCCUCGCAUGCCACCCCCUCUCCGUUGUGGUCCCUUUAUAAUCCUCAUGCUGUUGAUACCCGUUGAGCGGUGGUUUAUAUGAAGUGUAGCGCGUGUAGGUGAUACCCCCUCACGUCUCUGAGCUAUUCGCUCCGCUGCUUUCGGCGUUAAUAUCGUGGUAUUUAUGCUAUCUGUUGUGCUCCGUCUGAGUCGUUUUUUGUGCGUGUUACAUACAUUUUUUUUUGGCAGUUUUGAGUCGACCCG